AUGGCCGACUUCAAACUAUCAGCCACUCUGCGUGGUCACGAGGAUGAUGUCCGCAGUGUCGCAUUCCCUUCGCCGUCCUCGGUUGUCUCUGCAUCGCGAGACUUUACCGUACGAGCCUGGACACAGCAGUCAACAAAGCCGCCAACAUGGGAAAGCACCAUCAAGACCCAUGGCAGGGAAUUCGUCAACUCGCUCGCCAUUGUCCCACCCUCGUCUUCCUUUCCCGAAGGCCUGGUCGUAUCAGGUGGCAAAGACCAAAUCAUUGACGUACGGAAGCCGACCAAGAACCUCGACGACGACGCAGACGCACUUCUCAUAGGCCAUGGCAAUAACGUGUGCGCUCUGGAUGUGAGCGAGGACGGAAAAUACAUUGUCAGCGGCAGCUGGGACAUGGAGGCACGGUUAUGGCAAGUAGGAAAGUGGGGCGAGUCUACAGUUCUGCAGGGUCACUCUGCGUCUGUAUGGGCUGUCCUUGCCUACGACAGCAACACGGUCAUCACAGGUUGUGCCGACAAACAGAUUCGCAUAUACAACAUAUCAGGUUCGGCAUCGCCUGUACGCUCGAUCCAGGCGCCCGAGGUUGUUCGCGCUCUCUGCCGAUUACCUCCGGGUCACCCCUCUGGCGCCCAGUUUGCAUCAGCGGGUAAUGAUGCAGUCAUUCGAUUAUGGACACUUAAUGGACAGCAGGUGGCAGAGCUACAUGGCCAUGAGAACUUCAUAUACUCACUAGCCGUGCUCCCCAACGGCGGUUUAGUGAGCUCUGGCGAAGACCGCACGGUGCGGAUAUGGGAGAACAACCAAUGCAUACAGACCAUCACACAUCCGGCAAUCUCAGUAUGGACCGUGGCUGUAUGCAAUGAGAACGGCGACAUCGUUACUGGCGCUAGCGAUAAGCUCGCACGCAUCUUUACUCGUGAUCAAAGCCGCUAUGCUGCCGAAUCCGAGAUUCAGCAAUUUAACGACGAUGUCAAGGGAUCCUCGAUACCACAGCAGACGGUGGGUGACAUUAACAAGGAGCAACUGCCUGGUCCAGAGUUCCUUACACAGCGAUCAGGCACCAAGGAAGGUCAAGUGCAAAUGAUCAAGGAGAUGAACGGCAACGUGUCGGCAUAUCAAUGGUCGGCAGGCGCGAGCCAAUGGGUGAAUGUCGGCACCGUCGUUGACUCAGCUGGCAGCGGCGGACGCAAGAUUUCACAUGCUGGCAAAGAGUACGACUAUGUAUUUGAUGUUGACAUUGAAGAUGGCAAGCCCCCGCUGAAGCUGCCUUACAAUCUGAAUCAAAACCACUACGAAACAGCGCGCAAAUUCAUCGAAGACAACGAACUACCAUUGACAUAUCUCGAUCAAGUCGCCAACUUCAUUGUCCAGAACACACAAGGUGCAACACUAGGUCAAAGCACCGCGCAGGGGGCGGAUCCAUGGGGUUCAGAUGCACGGUACCGUCCUGGUGACGCUAACCAGGUCUCGGCUCAGCCUCCGCCCGCGCCUCCAGCUGCCAAGAUACUCCCGCAAAAAGAAUAUCUCCCAAUCACAACUGGAAACCACAAGAUUAUCUUCAAGAAGCUUACAGAGUUCAAUGAAGCCCUAGUCAAGGACGGACAGAAGGGCAUCUCGCUGAACCCGCCAGAUGUUGAGCAGUUGAACGCAACCGUCACCGCGUUGGAGAAAGGCAAUGGCAAAGGCAUCGACAUUACUGGUGUCCAGCUCCUUGUCAAAGCUGCAACACAGUGGCCAGCAGAUAAGCGUUUACCCGCUCUCGAUCUCCUACGUCUAGUCCUUGCCUUUGAAGGACCAGCAGCUUUCCUGGUCUCGCCAGAACAGAAUCUGCUACCAAACCUUCUUGAAUCAGGGGUGUUUACGGAGUCGUCUCCGCCAAACAACACAAUGAUGGCCAUACGGUGUCUCAGCAAUCUGCUCCAGACUGAAAAGGGAAGACUACUUGCCAGUACAGAGUUUGAUACCAUUCAUCCCUUGGUAUCGCCGUUCCUGGCGUCGCCGAACCGGAAUUUGAUCAUCGCACUCACUACGCUGUACAUCAAUUAUUCGGUUCUUCUCAACUCCGAGAACAAUGCCGACCGUGCACUAUCACUACUUGACGAUUUAUCGAAAAUACUCACUACGGCCACUGACUCCGAGGCUGUAUACCGUGCACUCGUCGCUACUGGUACCUUGUUGUGUUUAGGGCCCGAUUUCUGUGAGGCUGGUAGGGACAUCCUUCAGAUAGGCGACGCGAUUACCCGUGCCGAGCAGAAGGUCAAGGAGCCACGCAUCAGGAACGUCGUUGCCGAGAUUCGGCAAAGGCUGCAAGGCUAGAAGCGGCAUGUAUCCUUGCCAUAUCGUACCAUGCAAAGGUUCCGGUGAGCUAGACACAGCUCGAUCCUUGACAUAAUCUGUGGGCCGUGCUAUACAGCGGAGGUGGAGAUUUUGGAGUACUCCGGGCGCUUGGGUUUCGAGGUAGAUGAG